CAACAUCAUUGGAGAACAAUUCGGUUAUACAGUCCUGCAGUGUCUGAUGAUUGCUUACUGAUCCUGGAAAGCUCCUUUCUUUGAAGCGCAAUCGACUUACUCUCAUUCUUCCGAUUUCUGGACUUUCACCCCACCAUCAGACUCCCGAUUAUCAGCAGCUCUUGUGGUCAACAGUCUGGAGUAUCAGACACAAAGCGGCUCCUAAAUUGUGUCCUGAACUUUGUUAAGCUGAUCACAGUCUUGCGACAGCUUUGGUCGUGGUGUCAACUCGAUCUGCCUCUACACUGCCAUCGGUUGUCUACCCCGCCAGCUAUAUCUUCUGUUGCAGAUUCACGUCACUCCUCAGUCAUACCAGAGAUCUAUCAUCGCCUUGGUCUCCAUUUCGAAGCUAAUUUACAGAGUCUCGUCUGUAAAGUAUUAAUCUCUCAAUGACGCAAGAGGACAAUCUGCAGCAGAAUCAUGGACAGCCAUCUUGACGAAAGGGCCUUUGAACAAGUGGAGACUCGCAAUUAUCUUGCACAGAUUGGCAGUGAACGGUACCCUCCUUCUCCAGACGAUCUACCGGGUGAUGAUCCUGGACCACCUUUCAAAGCAUGGAGAUUAAAUCUCGUUGCCCUUUCUACACAAUGCAAUCUUUAUGUUGUCGCUUCCGAAGACAAGCUCUUAGUCUUUGUUCCUCUUGACCUCAGAAACACACUCUCAGCAACACCAGAUCUAGAAAUUCCUCUUCCAAUAUCCAAAGAAGCUUCUAUGUGUCGAGGAUCUAUUGAUCAUACUCAUCCACAUUGUGUUAACAAUAUGAAAAUGGGAUAUCUCGGCGAUCUGGAGAUACUUGCAAUGACAUUUGAUGAUGGAGAUGUCAUUGCAUUUUAUGCCCACGUUAUUGACCACGCAGUACGGGUUGCGAAGGAAAGAAAUACUAAAGGCACCCCUAGCGAGAGCCUCACGCCCUUCUUCCACCAGAAUGUUGAAUGGAGUGCCUGGGGCCUCGCAAUACACAAACAAUCACGGCUAAUCGCAGUUGGCUCCAAUGGAAGAGAGAUAACCGUGUUUGCCUUUGCAUGCAAUACUUUGCCGAAUACCAGAGAAGCCUAUAACCAGGAAGAGGAAGGCGUGAGUGAGUCGGAAAGUGUCUAUAUAAACCAGCUACCAUAUCUUGAUUUGUUGGAUGAAAGCUUUAACGACGCGUGUGAGACUGCUCUAGACAUCGAGUUCAGCAAGGAUCCACUGUUCCGUGAACGUCUCGAACGAUUCGAGAAUCCACCUGAGGACGAGUCCGAGAGCGAUUUCGAGACCGCCGCAGAUCAAAUUAGAGGAGACAUGGUUACAGCAGCAAUCACGCUGAGCAACAGGAUUUUUCCUGAAGAAAUCAGAGAGUGGGAUACAGCAGAGCGCUUAGGAACUGGAGGGUUGUUUUCAAACCUUAAAAUUCAGGCUAGACUACCACCAGAUGGACACAAUAUACCUUCUUUAGACAUCACUAGCAACGAAAAAGGAAAGGCGUACGCAGUUCUCGCUACUGAUAUCAAUGGGAAUCUGUGGUCCUUCAACCUGCAUGAUGCCAUUAUCACGAAGCUGCCUUCUAUCGGGGGAGAGAUAGUUGUAGACGCUGACAGGCUCAACCCGAUGGGCUGGGGAGUUGUAGUUAUACCAAAGACCAUGUUCCGAUAUGCAAAAUCGCCACAUCAAGCACUAGGUGUCCUGGACAUAAAGAAAGCGUGGAAACCGGAUUGUAAGGUCGAUUUAUGGCAAAGCUGUUUCGACAUUACUAGCAGUAUUCGGGAAGUCAACAUGGCAUCACAAAUACACCCCGCGUUUAUGCGACCACAAUCAUAUUACGACGCUCUUGAAGCUCUAAGACCUCAGCUCAAACUCGACGAAGAUUUCGAUGAGAUUUGUGUCGACAUGGACAAAGUUGGUGCGACUUUCAGGAAGAACUACUACGCCAAGCUCUUGCCAAUGGUGCCAAUGGUUGUGGGCAAGGCGCAGAGCAAAUUAUGGAUAUACUUGUACAAAGAGCUUUACGAGCUUGCGAUUAAGGUUGACAACCCGAAAGAGCACAUAAAAUCAAACGAUAUCUGGAAGAUUCGCCAGGAGAUGGACAGUAUCCGACAAAAGUCCGCGGCCCCUCUCAGCUUCUUGUCUUAUAUCCUCAGUCGCCUACCGACUAUACGAAAUAGCCCCCGUUUCUCGACGUGGGAAAGUUGUCUGUCUGAUCCCGACUUUCUGGACUGGUUUGAGCACCCGGAAACUUAUGAUGAUUUUACGGAUUGCCUUACGGAAUCAGAAGCAGAGCCAUUAGCACCCGAUCAUUGUGCGGUCCUAAUGUGCCAUCGACUGGACGUACAGCUCCUGUCUCCUCAACCCUACGGCAUGCCUCCAACAAUCUGCAAAGACCUUCUCCGACAAGCAAUGCCGGUCCAUGUCCACCGGGUGCUAGGACAUCACGACCGCCUCUGCUUCACCGCCCUCAUCCUUCCUCUCCAACUCGUCGUCGUCGGGACGCAAGCGGGCCGCUGCGCCCUCCUCACCCCCACCCGACUGCCCCCCUUGAUGUCCAGCUUGGAGGCAGUCAUUACCAUGAGGAUAGAGUUGUUCCUCCCGCUGAAGCACCACGAGGACGCUAGCCGUCCGCGCGAGGCCCCGCUAAUGGGUCUCGCCGUGGCGCCGGUGUGGAAUGGGGGGAGGGAGAGGAAGAGUGGUGGUGGGGUGGAGGCGUGGCGGUUGUUCCUGCACUACGGGGACAAUACCAUCCUUUCGUACGAGUUGUUCCGGCGGGAGGAGGAGAAGUUGGUGGUGAUUUAGGAGGAAGGGGAGGGCCAGGCGGACGAAAUUGUUUGUUUUUGUUAGGCAUAGCGUGGUGUUUGAAUGAUACCCAUUUGUUUAUUGUAAUUCCCCUCGAUUUGCUGGAUAUCCUAAGUGAAGUUAUGUGCUGAUAAUUCCAAAUUGGGAGCCUAGUUGUAAAAGACGCUCGAGUGAGUGGACAUUCAAGAAAGCCUCUGCUGGUUGAUAACCAGAGCGCCCUAACGAUACGACUUUG